GUGUCAGAUUUAAAUUUCAUGGUCACUGUCAGCUUUGUGUGACAUUUAAGUCUCUUCCUUUUGUUUAAAGGGGACGCCCCUUGACAGGCCAGUUUGGUUUUUGAAACCUCUCCACAGCAAUGUGUCAUUUAUGUCUACAUUUCAACACAUCGUUGCACUUUUUGCACUAAAUUAAACACUCCAUGUAUCUGGUAUUUUGUAGAGCUAAAAUGAGCCAGUAAUUAUAUGGAAGGAGACAGUGGAUGCACAGAAUCCCUUGAGUCGAAGUAUCAUGGGUAGCUUUAGCCUGACAUAAUUUCUGCCAGACUUUUGGCCCAGUUUUUACUUGCUCGUUGCAUGUACUGAUGGUGUGAGAUCUAAAACAGUCUAAAGGGAUAAGAAAAUGUUUCAUGUUUGGCAGUGAAGCUGCAUUUCAGAGCAGCACAAUAAAAAACAGUUAUUAACACACAUGUUGAGGAUAGACUGUCGGUUAAUGAACACAGACCCUGCUAUAAUUUUCCCCUGAUAAAAGACAUUUUUACUUGUGCACAGCUCUGCGUGUUCUUGGUUCUGCUUCACACAAAGUUUGGAUAUUGAGCGUGAUGCUCCUUGUCUACAAUGAUGGAUUUUUACUGUGUGAGAUGGAAGAUGCUAUCUUUUGCUUGCAGCCAUGCUUUUAUGUUUUACAAAGAAGCGGGCCACUGUGCACCCACCUUCUCUUUUCUCUCCGUCUGUGUCUCACUGUUUCUCUCGCCUGUACACAGGCAGGCAGUUAGUGCAGAAGCAGGCACCAUGUCCACCCCCACAAACCCAGAGGUGAAGGAACUGAACCCUGUCGACUUUAUCCAGCUACAACAGUACAUUGAAUACUGCAGCCUGAAGGUGAAAGACGUACUGAUGGAAUUUGAUGCAGAUGGCAGUCUGGCCCAGCACAGACAUGGAGAGUGCAUCAAUGAAGAAGGCUUUCGUCUGUUCCUGAAGACAUAUUUAGAAGAGGAGGACUUCCCUGUGGAUCUCUGCCAACGACUCUUCCGCUCCUUCCAAAACUCUGAACCCACCCAGGAAGACAGUACCAAGGAAGUCUUCCUGAAGGAUGUUUCAUGUUACUUCUCUCUUCUAGAGGAUGGCCAGCCCCGGGACAAGUUAGAGUUUGCUUUCAGGCUCUAUGACAGAGAUGGCAAUGGAGUCCUUGACAGCUCUGAAGUGGAUCGAAUUAUUGCUCAGAUGAUGCACGCUGCAGAAUAUCUCGACUGGGACGUGUCAGAGCUCAAGCCUGUUCUGAAGGACAUGAUGACAGCAAUUGAUGCUGACAGCAGCGGCACAGUGUCUCUGGAAGAGUGGGUAGAGGGAGGCAUGAACAACGUUCCCUUGCUGGUCUUGCUGGGUCUAAAGAUGACUCAGAAGGACGGGCAGCACCUUUGGCGGAUGAAACAUUUUAACAAGCCUGUUUACUGCAAUGUGUGCCAGAGCAUGCUGCUGGGUUUGAGGAAGCAAGGGCUGUGCUGCACCUGUUGCAAAUACACAGUCCAUGGGCGCUGUGCUAACAGGAACCCGGCCCCUUGCACCAGGACAUAUGUGAAGUCAAAGAAAGAAACAGGGGUUGCAGCACACGACUGGGUGAGUGGGAACUGUGACUCCAGGAAGUGUGACAAAUGCCAGAAGAAGAUCAAGAGCUUCCAAGGCUUGACAGGCAAACACUGUGUGUGGUGCCACACUAUGCGUCAUGAUGAAUGUGCAAAUCAAGAGCCAACAGAAUGUACCUGUGGGCCGCUCAGAGACCAUAUCCUGCCUCCGUGGGCAAUAUAUCCUGUUAUAAAGGAGAGACCAAAUAAUGUAAAAAACGGCUGCUCAGCAGAAGACAGUGAGCUCAAUACUACUCCUGAUGGACAAGUGCUGCAGAUUGCCCCUGUGCCAAACACCCAUCCUCUUCUAGUGUUUGUCAACCCUAAAAGUGGUGGCAAGCAGGGAGAAAGAGUCCUACGUAAAUUUCAGUAUUUACUGAAUCCACGGCAGGUAUACAACCUUUCAAAUGGUGGCCCUGGACCGGGACUGAGUUUCUUCAGAAAUCUGCAGGACUACAGAAUCUUGGUGUGUGGGGGAGAUGGCACAGUUGGAUGGAUUCUAGAUGCGAUAGACAAAGCCAAUCUGCUGGUACGGCCACCUGUUGCUGUGCUUCCUCUGGGCACCGGAAAUGACCUUGCACGAUGUUGGGGAGGAGGAUAUGAUGGCGAAGAUCUGAGUCGUAUUCUCAGAGACAUUGAGGGAAGCUCUCAGGUGCUGAUGGACCGCUGGAGUGUGCAGGUUAUCACAGAUGAGAGUCAGGAGAAAGGUGAUCCAGUGCCAUAUGAAAUCAUCAACAACUACUUCUCCAUUGGAGUUGAUGCCUCCAUUGCCCACCGGUUUCACACAAUGAGAGAGAAACACCCCCAGAAAUUCAACAGCAGGAUGAAGAACAAGCUGUGGUAUUUUGAAUUCGCCACUUCAGAAACCAUCUCUGCUUCCUGCAAGAAACUGAGCGAAA